GCCCACGUGGAGCACGCCGAGAAAUGUUUUGGUGAUGAAAGUUCUCGAUAAAUUUUCGAUUUCCAACGACAUGUAGUCGACAUGGGCAAGACGAAGCAGAAAAAAUACAAAGCUCCGAAGCCCUUGCCUACUGGUUUGCCCAGCGUCCGUGAUUUUGAGCGAGAGGAAGCCGCAAACGGCGAAGUUGAGGUGCCAGGUGGCGCAGCUCAUACUGUGGCCUAUGUUGUGGACAAGCUAACCAGUCCAAGCGCUGAAGAGAGAGAAUAUGCCUGUACAGCCAUAGCGACAUGUGUCACCCACCCAGAGGCUAUAUCAGCACUUUUGCGUCUUGAUGGGAUUCGGGGGCUAGCUCCCCUAAUUGUGGACUCCAAUCAUCAUAUAAGACAAUCAGCUUUAGGAGCUUUAAGGAACAUCAGUGUGGAUGGAGGACCAGAUGUUUGUAAAAAGCUAGUACUGAAGGAUGUGUUAACACCUCUCAUUGCCCUGCUUAAUGAGUAUGGUGUGGAUUGGAUCCCGGAGCACUCACAGGCCAAGAGGAAAGCUGAUGUGAAGGUGGAGAUUUACACCCAGGCUGUGCAUCUGCUGGCCAACCUGUGUGAAAGCACAGAAUUGGCUGUGACAGUGUUUAAUAAAGAGAAUCUAGGCAGAUUUCUGUUGCCCUGUCUUAACACGGAGAAGUAUGGAUUCCCAUUGGCUGUUGCAGCAGCCCAGUGCCUGUACUCGGUUAGUGAAGACAACCCAGAGUCUGCAUCCUUCUACUGUGAGAACCAGUCCACCUUGGAGAGUGUAGUGGGAUGUGACCCUCUCACCCCAGGACUUCUCUUACUCAGGACAUUAGCCAUAGGUAUUUUAUGUAACAGUAACAGUCAGGUGAUCUCCCAGGCAUCUGGAGGUGUGGUUGUUGCCAUGGUAACCAAGUUGACAGAGGUUCUCACACAAGAUCCGGUUGAAAGGCUGAAAUCCGCGUGUGAAAAGUUGAACGCUCACACUACAUUACCACCUGUUAAAGCUGAAAAUGGAGAAAAUGUUGCUAUAGCAGAGGCUGACCCAGGACCUGGUGAAGAAGAAACAGAGGUCAGCAACGGACCUGCUGGUGAUGGACAAGCCAAUGAGAAAAUGGAGGAGGAACCUGUUGCCAGUAGCAGCAAACAAACUCCUCCGUCACAUGCCACAAAGGCUGUAGACAUUUGCCUAGAUCUGGAGGAAGUACAGUAUUUACUGACUGCUCAACAAGUUGCUCUGGAAUUACUCACAAACCUCUGUGUAGGUGAAGAUGAGGGAGAGGACUGGGAAGACAUGGACAGUAGCUCCUCUUCAGAUGACUUGACAUGUAUGGAUACCAACAUGGCUGACACGGAGGUAGACAACAACAACAUGUUUAAUACCCUGUGCUUGCCGACUGAAGUUCACACAGCAUUCACAUCCAAUGACUUGCUGGAUAAGGUUCUGUCCAAAGCCAAUGUUGUCAAAUUACCAGCUGAUAUAGUGAAAGCAUUGGAGGACAGGGAAAUGUGGAAAUCUAUAGUCAAGAGUCUGCAGACGGUUCAGUCACACGCUCUCCUGUGUAUCAAUAACCUUGUCACAUGUCUGACGGUAGAAGCUUUGGGUGGGGUGGAAAAGUUACACAAGAUCUGGCUAGGACUUCUCCAGACCUCAACUCCAUCUAAAGGCUUGGAAAACUCUUCUUUGUUGGAGGCAGUAACCAGUGCUAUGCGAGCAGUCAUUCAGAAAAUGGCUGGUCUGGAAACAAACAAGUUCUCAGAGGUCAAAGGUCAGGAAUUAGAGUUCAUCUUCCAAUUAGGUCAGACAUGUCCAGUUUCCCAGGUCCGGGCCAACUCUGUCAGAAUCAUCUCUACCAUUGGCUGUAUCUUAGCAACUGCCACAGAACCUCAUCCAGGGCUGAAGGAUAUUGGCUUGUUUUUGGUGGGCGUGGCAUGUCAGGACACUGACCUGUGGGUCACGGCCGAGGCUCUGGACUCUAUAUUUGAUGUGUUUGGUGAAGAUCACUUGGACCCAAUUCUAAAGGAAAUUGGAAUGAUAGAUAAACUGAAGAAGUUGGAUCCUGUUUUAAAGUCUAAGAUGUCAAGCCAAAGAAAGCAAUUGGGUGAGCAUUACCCUGUGAUUUACACGGCCAAGAGAAACUUGGGGCCUUUCAUCAAAUACAAAACAACUCAUCUGGCUGGCAGCAAGAGUUAAGCAUAGAAAGAGAACGAUAUAUAUUCCUUGAAAAAUCAUCAGCCAGUUUGCUGAUGUUGAAUUUAAUGGUUUUUUGAUUUCAAGUUGUUUGAUUUCAUUUUUUAAACUGCUGUGCAGUUCAGUCUUUUUUUGUGUGUUGUUGUUGUAACAAGCCAGUGCAGUUACGCAGUCCUCAUUCCACUAACAAGUUUAAGUUGUAAGUUUUAAAGGAAGUUUGUUGAGGGAUAAGCCUGAAUGGACCAUUGGCAUAAAAUAUGCAUAAAAUAGAGAGGUCAUUAAAAAAAAAUAUGUCUCAAAAAUGAAAAAAAAAUUAUUUUUUUGGGGCAUAUCUUCAUUUCUUUUUUAAGCUGUACUCUUUGUUUUAUAGUAGCUUUUCAUGUGGCCAUUACCUUCUGAGUUUUACCUACCGAUGGCGCAUAUUAUGGUAUAGGUUGAAUGAGUUUGUGAAAGUCGUAUGUCGUAAGUUUUUGCAAAGGAUUUGAGAAGCGACUUAUGACCCCUAGUAAUAUAGAGGCCUGGACUCCUAUUCCAGUACAUGGGCCGAGUUCAUUUUAACUGCCAUGGCAACAUAUGUUUAACAUUGCUGUGGGUGUUGCAAACAAAAUUGGUAGUUAAAAAUGGCAGAUUGCCAUGAUAAAAACACUGUACUCGGCGGGGAAAUGCCUGUGUUAAGUAAUGGUUUCAAUGUGAUCUGCAUGUACAAAAGAUCACCUUUGAUUUGUG